AUGCAGUCCAAGCUCCUCAUCGUCGCCGCCGUCGCCACCGGCGCCGUCGCCAUCCGGGACCUCUCCGGGACAUUCCCGCAAAAUUUCCGCCGCGGCGCCGACGCCCUCGAGGCCCGUGACGAGGCGGCCUGCUUUUCCGUCGUCGCCGAGCACGCCACCCUGACCGCCGACUUCCCCGAGUUGCCCACGGCCCUUGCCACUGCCACCGACGUCGAGAUCCCCCAGAUCACCGACCCGUGCCAAUUCCCUUCCGUCACGGGCUCCGCCGGCCAGCUCGUCACCUCGUACUCGUCCGCCCUGCAGUCCUGGCAGGACGCCCACAUCACCGAGAUCCGCUCGCUCUGGUCCGCCUGCAGCGACGUGCCGCAAAUCUCCUCCCUGCUCGACGAGUACGGCAACGGCAUCUGCUCGACCGCGCUGGCGCCCAUCACCGCCAACGGCACCGCCGCGACCACGGCGACGGCGACUGCGACCGUUACCGGCGAGGUUACCGUCACAACCACCGGCGACGCUACCGGUGCCACUGCCUCGGGUGACGCUGCGUCGACGACUGCCUCCCCCGCUGCCGCCGCUCCCCGCGAGACGGGAUUGUUCCUAGCCGCUGCCGCCGCUGCCGCUGGCUUCGUCGGUGCCGCAAUGCUCUAA